AUGAGCGGAGACAAGAUGGACGUCGAGAUUGCGGAACAGAAGAUGAACUCCAUGGAGCACAGUGAGCAGCACUACUUCAAGAGUUACGAUCACCAUGGUAUCCACGAGGAGAUGUUGAAAGAUGAGGUCCGAACACGAUCGUACAUGAACGCCAUUAUGCAAAAUAAGCACAUUUUUAAGGACAAGGUCGUUCUCGAUGUUGGCUGCGGUACCGCCAUUCUUUCCAUGUUCGCCGCCAAGGCUGGCGCCAAGCAUGUUAUUGGUGUCGAUAUGUCUACCAUCAUCUUCAAGGCCCGUGAGAUCGUCAAGCUCAACGGCCUUUCAGACAAGAUCACCCUUCUCCAGGGCAAGAUGGAGGAGGUCGAGCUUCCCUUCCCCAAGGUUGACAUCAUCAUCUCCGAAUGGAUGGGCUACUUCCUUCUCUACGAGUCCAUGCUUGACACCGUUCUCUACGCUCGUGAUACCUACCUUAACAAGGAUGGUUUGAUCUUCCCUGACAAGGCCACCAUCUUCUUCGCUGGUAUUGAGGAUGGCGACUACAAGGAGGACAAGAUUGAGUUCUGGAACGACGUCUACGGUUUCGACUACACCCCUCUCAAGGCUACUGCCCUUUCUGAGCCCCUCGUCGACACCGUUGAGGUCAAGGCUGCUGUCACCGACCCCGCUUCUGUCCUUACUCUCGACCUUUACACCUGCACCGUCGCCGACCUGGCUUUCCAAGUGCCCUUCAAGCUUACCGCCAAGCGUGACGACUUCAUCCACGCCCUUGUGUCGUGGUUCGAUAUCGACUUCACCGCCUGCCACAAGCCUAUUCGCUUCUCGACCGGUCCCCACACCAAGUACACCCACUGGAAGCAGACCGUUUUCUACUUUGAAGACGUCCUCACCGUCCAGGAGGGCGAGGAGAUCACACUUAACCUUGAUGUCCGACCCAACGACAAGAACAGACGUGACCUUGACAUCAAGAUUGCUUACGAGCUCGACACCAAGGACGCUAACCGCGGUUCCAAGGGUGCUCUCGAGUACCGCAUGUGCUAA